AUGCAGAUAGUUCUAAGGAAGUUUUCCACCUUGAGAGACGUCCAUGGUUGGCAGCUUGUGGAAAACAUUGCAAACUCCAAUGGAAGCUAUGGAGAAGAGUAUGAUCGCACCAACCGGAGCUCGACCCACCACUCGAUCGAGUCCGAUGAGAAAUUGAGAAAAGAUGUCAAAUCGUUGAAUGAGAAGUUGGAUAAGCUUAUCUUAGCUCAGUCCACAAUGAAGAAGGUCAAUUUUGUGUCUGCUGAAGAGAUGGAACCAGUCCAAGAAGGGGAGGAUACACAAUUUGCUGAAGUAUGUUACAUGAGCAAUGGGCAAGGAGGUUACAACAAAGGAUAUUAUAAUUACAAGUCCAACCCAGCCAUGUCAUACAGAAACACUGAUGUUGCCAACCCUCAGGACCAGGUUUACCCUCAACAACAGCAAGCUCGAUCGAGUCAAGCCCACAACAUGGGUCAAGCUGAUGGUGUUGUGGACACAAGCAAGAAGUUAGCUGAAAUCAACUCCAAGAUUGAGAAUCUCAACACAAGAGUGUACUCUCUGGAGAAUCAUGCUUCUUCUGUUGCUGCUGCUACAAAGCAAGGACAACUACCUGGUAAAGCUAUUCAGAACCCCAAGGAACAGUGCAAGGUCAUCUUCACUCAAGAAGGUCUUGAAGAAGAGGAGGAUCAAGAGAGAGUCAUGGAAGAGUUUGUUUGCUGCUGA